AUGAGUGCCUCGGUGUUGCCGUCGCUGUCGUUGUCUUCGUCGCCGCUGCAACCGCCACGAACGCCGCGGAGGCCGGGCUUGAAAACAUCUCCGGUCUCCGUCCGUCUCUCACCACAGCCUCCUCGCUCCCAGGACAGCGCCGCCCAGCGAUUGGCUGCGACGCAACGCCCGCCCGCCCCUUCCGCCGGCCCCUCCCCGCUACCGCGCCGCUCUUUCAGUUCUGUGGAGAAGCUUCCCGAGCUGCGGGGCGGAGGAGUCGGAAGGUGUCGCCGUCUCCCUCAGCCGUCACCGGCCCGAAAACAGACGGGGAAUUGGGAUGCUCAAGAAAGCAGCGCUGGCUCGGCUGACGCUGCGGUGCCGGAGGGCUCUGCAGUCUCUUUUUGUGGCGACCAUGGCCGUGGAUGUGACUGGAAACUUCUGGAAAUGGCGGCGACGGCGGCGAAGAGGCUGAACACAGGGUAUUCUACAUAUUAUUUUCGUAGGGCGGGUGGGCGAAUUUGUGGGGACGAGCCCGGGAAAAUAGGUCUAAAGACAGAGGCAGGGUAUCUGUCCCCUGAAUUCGCAGCUGCGAACAGCUGGCCCGGCCUGUACCGAGAUGCGGGGCGCGUCGCGGCCUACAGGUCCGCUUGGUAGUGCGCUUGCGCCCUGGCUGUACAGCGCCUGCACUGGAUCCCCGGGGACCCGGACCUGCGGGGAGCUCGGCGGCGCCCCGACGCGCCGGCCCUCACCUGUGCCAGGUGGGGCCCCAGUGUGAGUUCGAAAGUACAUUAACGUGCACCUGGCGCGGGGACAUCGUCGCGAGCCCCCAAAUACUCUCUCCCAUUCACACCUUCGAGUGACCUUUUGAGAGAAGGAAGUUUCUCUACCCCCUAGAUAGUAUUUCAGAGGAUCUGCUCAAGUAUUGGAGAAGAGCACGUGAGGAAAAUUUACGGUCUCGGCGUACCAGCAGCGGGUACUCUUAUUUCUGGACGCUUUUUAUUUACAUCGGGGUUAGCCGGCAACAGUUUGUACGUUCCUUUACUUAACCACCGAAGGGAUUACGUAAUCUGAGGGAAACCAUCUUAUUCUGACUUCACUUCUGAACGCUUUUUGUUUACAUCGAGGUUAAUCUGCCAGUUUGUUCAUGCCUUUAUCUAACCACCAAAGGGGAUACAUAAUUGGACGGAAACCACCUCCCUCAUCAUUAAUGAUGGUCUCCCAACUAUAGCACCUACUUAUGACUUAAUGGAGUAACAUUUGUCUACGGUGAUGUGACACUUUAGACUUGACACGAAGUUAAAUCCCAACAAAUUACAUGAAACAUAAACUUGCAUUAAAGAUUACUAAUUUUUCCGUU